AGAGAGAGACAAACCCUAGGGUCUUCUUCUCUCUUCUCUGUUCUCUGGUUUGGUUCUCCAAACUGAAGCACCUCCAUCUUGAUCUAAUCUCAGUUAGUUUUAGUAAUUAAGUCAGGAUGCACGAGAUCCGGAGCCCAAAGUUUAGAAAUAAAAAAGGGAUCUUUUUAUUUUUUCUUGUUUGAAGAAAAGUUCUUUUUAUUACAUGAUUUGGUUUAGACUGAAGCAUAUCCUUCUUGAUCUACAACAAUACUCUUCUCAUGUUGUCUUUGUUUGUUUCAUAGUCUCAGUUUCUCGUAAUCAAAUUCUUUGUUGUGGGAUAAAAGGAUUUUUUUUUGUUUUUCGGUUUUUAUAUUUUUAGUUUUUUUCUUCUCUGGGUUAGAUUUAGCCAUAAUUUGUUGAUCAGGUGAUACAUCUAUCACUUGAGAUGAUGAGAUUAUGCAAUAUUAUUAAUCUAACGGUGAACAGAAAUCGUGGUGUCAAUAAUAAAUUUAGUGGUUUCUUCAUGGAGUUUAUUUGUUCUGUUAGAUUUAAACAGAAAAGUAUAGAUUCGUUUCAUUUUUAUUUUCUUUUUGGAGCUGGACUUUUAGGUAAUUUAAGUUAAUUCACCAGGGGCUUUAGGUAAUUUUAUCUGCUAGGUGAUUUUCUUUUUCUCCGGUGGCGUUUAUGUAUUUUCAAUUUAAAUGGGUAAUCGCAAUUCGUAGGCCUUUAAGGAUUUCAUAAUGGGCUUGAAAUUUUCUGACCCGACGGAGUCUUACUUGAGCCUCACUCGUUUUUAAAGCUCAUUUCUCUCUUCUUUUUUCUUGUCAGACAAACCAAAAAAAUUCUUCAGAUCUAGAGAGAAGAAAGAGAAACAGAAGUAGAGAGAAUAACCAGGGUUUGAAAAUGAGACGUCCUCUUAAGCCUAGAAGAAAAAAUGUUGAGUGGAAACAGUCCGAGUACGAUGCAUUGAGAAGAGUACAUAGGAGAUUUGAGCUUGAAAAAGCUGAGAAAAUUCGUUCUAAUACUCUCUCUAAAAGAUAUGAUUGUAAGUGGAAAACCAUGUUGGAUUAUGAGCGUCAAUCUUUUGAUAAAUGUAGAAUUCCAACUGAUCUCAAGGAUGCAUGGGGGAGAGUAGUGGCCAAUGAUAAGAAAACAGUUGCUGCUGCAAUAGCUGGUUUACCUCAAGAGCCAGGAAAUGCCCCAUUGCCAGUAGCGCCUCUUGAAGCUGGUUUAUUGAAUGACCCAUUACCAAGUGGAGGUGUUCUCGGUCUUGGUGGACCAGGCCAUGGAUCUGGAAAUGAACCUUCUACGAGUAGGAGUGAUCUCAGGCUUACGCUUGCACCAGCGACUGCUAGUGCUGGACAGCACAAUGAAACUUGCUUUAAGUGAACCUUUGCUUCAUGCAUCUCUUUCAAGUGGAUGCGAUCUCGGUCUGUCACUAAAACUACCAUCUGCUAGUGGCGGACCUGACUAUGGGUCGUUGCCAAUGUUCCAUUUUGAUGCACCUCGCUCAAGUGGGGGUGAUCUCGGGCACACGCUCGCACCAAGUGGUGGACAGGACCGUGGAUACGCUUCGUCAAAUGAAAUGUCCCACCCUCAUGGCUCAUGCUCGCACCAGCGACUGCCGGUGCUGGUUGUUCAAAUGAACCAUCAUCAAUGUUGCAUCCUCAUGCACCUUGUACCCGCGGAGGACCAUCAUCUGCUAAUGGUGGUGGUGGACAGGAUGGUUCUGGCCUUCUCGUUCUAGAUGAAGAUUAGGCUCCCAUUUAUCUACUGUGUGGCUAGAGUAAACAUGUGUUGGUUUGAUUUUCUCUGCUUUUUAGUUAUCUUUAUGUUAAAAAUCUGUACAUUGAAUAAAUUUUGGGGUUCCAUCCAAAGGAGGAAAAGUAUUUUUAGAGUGUCUGUUGCUUCUUUUUCCUUUUGAUUGUUUCUCUCGUCUAUCUUAUAGACACAGAACCUGUUAAAGAAGAUAAUUUUGGUAUUGAGAAAUAAGAUAAUUUUGGUAUUUCCCUAGAA